AUGUUGUAUGAUGGCAGGCACAAAGGAAUGGAUGAGGACUUCAAGGAUGAAUUAGUUGUUGUAAUAGAACAUCUUUUGAACCGUAAAAAUCUUGUUACUAAAAGAGUUAAUAAUCAUUAUUUUGAUGGAACUGAAUUUCUUGACUAUCUUGAAAAUUUAAUUGAAAUUUUCCAAUCAGACAAACUUCCGAAAACUCAAACAAUCUAUGAGAUGACUGUUGAGCGUCAAAUGUCAAGGUUGGUUGACUCGUGCCUACAAAGUUAUAAAAACUUAAUUAAAAAUGACCUUAAUACAGUCACAAAUUUAUCAAUGAUCAAAAAACUUCACAAUAAAUGUGAAGCUCAAGCUUUGCUUAUGUUUAACAAUUCUAAUAAAAUGGGAAACAACGAGCAUGAGAUAAAGUAUAAAGGAACGCUCGUUAAUGAUAUCAAUAAAGAAUUUAACCAGUGGAAAAUAGAAAAGGAAUUUAUUUUUAAAGAAUUAAAUUUGAUUCGUUUGCAACAAGAAAGAAUUCAUCAGGAAGAAAUGGCAAAAAUUAGAGCUGAAAAGACAGCUGCAAAGGCUCGAUUAGAUGCAAAAAGACGAGAAAUUGAGUCAGCUUUAGAAAGAUCAAGAAUUGUGAGAGAAAAAGAAUUAAAAAAGGAACGACAAAGAGAUGCAGAAAGGCAACGAGAACAAGAAAAGGCUUUAGAAUGUCAAAGACGAAAUGCUGAACGGAGACUCGAGCAACUUAGACUCAAGUCAGAAGCCGAAAGGAACCGAUUUAGAGAGCAGGAACAGUUUAAUAUUACUUAUUUUAAAUGCAAUUCUUGUGACUUAGUCGUUAAGUAUUCUGAUUUGCAUCGAUAUUCAUCAUCUGCUCAUGAUUUUAGAGUUUGUGAUCCUACGGAAAUGUUCUUGAACCAGUUGCAAGAUUCUGGCCUUCCUCAAAUGUUAACAAGAAUUUUAAAUAGAUUUUUUAACUUAGAUCUUGAGGAAGAUUAA